AUGAAACUAAGGGAGAUGACAAUGGUUGGAGUGAGCCCCUUGAGCAGGAACUUAUUGUUGCAUCCAACUGGUGUAGCAAAUGAAUAUACAUACAAUUACGGUAGUGCCUCAAACGACGAGGUAACUGUCACUGAGACUAAAAAUCCUAAAGGCUUGGAAGGAUAUAUAAAAUGUGAACACAAGCCAAACAAUGGUAACGCAAUUAAAGCUAUAACGUAUAAAAGGCAACCUACCACUGGAUUAUCUGAUGCGGGAACUCAUAAAAGUGUAACUGUCUAUUUUUGGGAAUGGGAUCUUGGGUAUAUUAACCCUUUACUUGUUAAACUAGGAAAUGAUGAAAAGUACUAUCUAACAAGUGAUAGCAGUACUUGGACUAGUGAGAAACAUAUAACAUCUACUACUCUCAGACAGAAGUUAGAUGAACAAAACUGUAAAAGAAAUCAGGCCCAUCAAGUUGACCUCUCACAAACUCAUACCAAGAAAAAUAGUUAUAGGUGUUUGGUGUCAACGUGCGACGUGGAAAUUUCUGUACAACCAAGGACACCCUCAGGACUCUCUAAUUAUUGGCAUACUAUAGAUAGCAUCUCUAAGUACUCCAUCUCCAAAUUUUUUGCUGGAGCUGUGGAGCAGACAGGAAUACCUGCUUCAAAGGAUAUCACUGGUAUUAGCGUAUACCUUUAUCCUCAGUCCUCUGGAACUCCUUUGCUUUUUUACAUCUCUAGUCCAGUAAGUAAAUGGUUUAGUAAAUACAUUGGAGAUAAUGAUUGGAAGAAUGAAGAUAGCUUAACUCAAGCCCCUAAUACUGAAGAUAAAAUUCCUUCCAAUAUUCAGAAUCUCCAGAAACUCUCCACUCCAAAAGUUACAAUAGAUGUUUCUCGGUCAGAUAGUAGUGCAUACCGGCCUGAGGAUUAUAAUAUACAGUUCCGUGGUAGUAAGGGCCAAGUUGGUUCUUCUAACUUCUACAAAAUUACAUAUAUUGAAUCAUCAAAUCAACCAUUUCAAAGUCAAGAGUGUUACACACUGUGA